ACGGAAAGAAAUUGUGUGUACUUCUCGUCGGGCUCAAAAUCAACAAAAAACAGAGGUUCCUGUUAUCCUGUAAACCUCGGAUCGUGUUGUCCCGGGACUGGCUUGCCCGGCGCCUUCCGCGACCAUGGAGAGAAAGAUAAAACUGAAAACGCUAAACGAACACAUCACCUGCGAAAUUUGCCGUGGAUAUUUCAUCGAUGCAACAACUGUCACGGAGUGUUUACAUACGUUUUGCAAGAGCUGCCUAGUGAAACAUUUGGAGGAAAAUAACACUUGCCCGACGUGUGAAAAUGUCAUCCACCAGAGCCAUCCGCUGCAGUACAUCAGCUUCGACCGAACAAUGCAGGAUAUCGUGUAUAAAUUGGUUCCAAAUCUUAUGGAAAAUGAAAUGCAACGCGAGCGAGAGUUUUACAAAUCCCGGGGCAUUCCUUGUCCAAAGGACAUGCCCCAAGUGCACGAAAGUGAUGAUAAGGCCAACGAACAAGCGCACCAGGAAGCGGACUACCACCGGCAGGACGAGCAGGUCAAUGUGUGCCUCGAGUGCAUGAGCGACAAGCUGCGUAACUUGAAGAGGCGGUUCAUACGGUGUAGUUCGCAAGCCACGAUUACGCAUCUGAAGAAAUUCCUCGCCAAAAAAGUACUGAACGGUAUUGACCGAUACAAAGAUAUCGACAUCCUGUGCAAUGAUGAGCUGUUGGGGAAAGACCACACGCUGAAAUUCGUGUACGUGACACGGUGGCGCUUUAAAGAUCCUCCAUUGCGAUUGCAAUUUCGCCCCCGUGUGGACAUCUAAACGUUGUUGGUGCUGGUACUUUGAGGAGGCCAAUUGGAAGGAAAGGGGUUGGAAUCAGUAUCUAUUUUAGAUACGAUUCUUUGGCCCGUUCUCGAUGUUGCAAUUCGUACAGUAAGCAGGAGGUGUCGUGUAGAUAAUGUGUGUACCGUGGAAGAAGUGCACCUUUUCAAUUCGGUCAGUUGGGAACUAGUGUGCACUAGCUUGGUGAUAUCAGGAAGGUUUUAAGCAGGCACGGCGGGGGACCACGGAUGGUGGAUUUGGUUAAUCGCUCUUCCGUUAUGCAGAACAAACACAUGAAGGAACAAAUAGAUCACAUUUUUCAGAAGGCAAAGGGAAAGAGAGAGAGAGAAAGCGAGGACUAGAAAAGCUUUUUUGCUAUAGAUAUAAAUGUUUAUGAGUUAUUUAACCGAACCGAUGUAUAUAUUGAAUGGGCACUUCUGGCAUCCAGAAUAUGUUAUGAUGGAUGUUCGUGGAAGUUUCAAAAAGGAAGCCAGUGCCGUACAGUGCCGACAGAAUGGAACAAAUGUGUAGCAAAAAUGAGACACUUAGCAUCAUGCUAGAGUGUCUAAUAAUUCUCAAUUUAUGAAAAGGUGACAUGAAGAAGGAAAAGGUCACCCAAGCAUUAAUGUAGAAAGAUGAUCUGUAUAAGUAUUAAAAUAAAUUUAUAUGAUAAAAA